UCUGGCUGCGUGUGCGAGGUGCCACAUCGAAACGGAAUAGCGCUAUAUAACCACGGAAAAAUGAGCAUCAUGCUGCUAAUCCUUCUGCAGUUGUUGGUCCUUGUGUCCUGUGCUCCUCCACGGUGUGAUCCGGGAUUUCGAGGACUGUGCAAGCCAACAGUGGAAGAAAAACCCAAAUGCACAGAUGUGUUACUGUCCUACUGCGACGACAUGGCCUACACACAGACCAUGUUCCCAAACAUCCUCGGCCACAAGACCCGCGAAGACGCCGAGGCCGGCGCCGAGUACCUCCUCAUGAGCGUCAUCGAAUCCCUGCUCGGGGGAGAGUGCAACCCUGAAAUCCGCAUGCUGGGCUGCUCUGUGUUGGCCCCACGCUGCGAGAAGGGGAAGAUGCUGAAGCCCUGUCGCACCACCUGUGAGACGGUGCAUAAGAGAUGCAGCCACGCUUUCGAGGGGAUAGAGAUGGCUUGGCCCUACUUCCUGGACUGCGAUCGCUUCUUUGUCAGUGAGGAAGAGGGAUGUUAUGACCCACUGGAGGGCCUCAGAGCAGAGCAGGAUGGAGAGGCCGUUGACAACAUGGAAAUUCUUUACCCUGAGGAGCCCGCCACGACGAUGCAGUUCACCUAUCACACCAACGCUCAGAUGAUCGGCAUCUUGAAGAAAACCGAGGAACAAUGCUCCGACAUAGCGAGAACCUACAGCAUCGGCUGUAGCAUGGAGGGCAGGGAGCUGCUCGUGAUAGAGUUCUCAAACAACCCCGGCCAACAUGAACUGCUCGAGCCAGAGAUAAAGUACAUCGGCAACAUGCACGGAAAUGAAGUCCUGGGUCGCCAGCUGCUGAUCUUCUUGGCUCAGUACAUGUGCUCAGAGUAUCAGCUGGGGAACGAACGCAUCCAGACCCUCAUCAACACCUCUCGCAUCCAUAUCCUGCCCUCCAUGAACCCCGACGGAUACGAGUUGGCUGUUUCUGGACUCCAGGACAAUAACUACAGUGAUGAUGAGGAGCAGGGUCCCAGAUAUGAUUCUUGGAACAUCGGCCGGAGCAAUGCUCAGAACAUCGACCUGAACAGAAACUUCCCCGAUUUGACAUCCGUCGCUUACAGCCGACGCAGACAGCAGCGCUACCGCACCGACCACAUCCCAAUCCCAGACUAUUACUGGUUUGGUAAGGUUGCACCAGAGACUUACGCUGUCAUGAAAUGGAUCCGAUCCAUCCCGUUCGUGCUCUCCGCUAACUUCCACGGUGGGGACCUGGUGGUGUCCUACCCCUACGAUCUGUCCAAACACCCGCUGGAGCGCAACAUGUUCUCCCCAACACCGGACGACAAGGUAUUCAAGCUUCUUGCAAGAACAUAUGCAAAUACCCAUGAGACAAUGUCCAAUGAAAACGCCCGGUGUGGAUCGUCUCGUGCAAACAGUCAGAAAGGAACUGUUAAUGGAGCGCAGUGGUCCAGCAUUACAGGUGGCAUGCAAGACUUCAACUAUCUUCACAGCAACUGUUUUGAGGUGACUGUGGAGCUGGGUUGUGAUAAAUUCCCCGCUGAAGAGGAAUUGUUUACCGGCUGGGAAGAAAACCACGAGGCUUUAAUCACAUUUAUGGAAGCGGCCCAUGGAGGUAUCAAAGGAAUCGUUAAAGAUGAGGAGGGAAACGCCGUCACAGGUGCACGAAUAUCAGUCAGAGGAAUACGGCAUGACAUUACCACAGCUGAAAACGGAGACUACUGGCGCCUCCUCAUCCCUGGCAUCCACGUCGUGACCGCCUCGGCUCCUGGCUACUCCAGAAGCGUGAAGAAAGUCCACCUGCCUCGUCACAUGCAGACAGCGGGCCGGGUGGACUUUGUGCUGCAGAAAGCUGCGCUCGAGCUCGACACGCAAGAGGAGGAUGACGCCGCCAUCCUGUCAAUGGGCACCUACGACCGCUUUGACCCGUAUAAUCAGUACGAGCGCUACACCCUGACGUCGGAUUUGAGGCAGAACCGCGAGGAGAGGGCAGAGAAGCCCUGGUGGUGGAACUACUUUGUCCUGCCGGGAGGCCCUGCACCGACCUGGCUGCUCAAACACUAUUAGAGAAGAAGAAGAAUAUCUAUUUCGAAUGUAAACACACAAAACAAGCUAUCGUAUAAAGAAUGUGCUGCUUUUUAUUGAUGUUACACUGCAGACAUGUGUAAAAGCUAGCUGGCUGGCCUUCAUGUUAGCUUUGAGCCUUUUAUCCACAAGUGCUCUAUUUGGUCCCAACAUUACUUCAGUUAAUACAAGAAUGUAAAGAACUUUUCUAACAAUUUUACAGUAGAAAUAAAGAACUUUUGUAUCAA